CUUUAGGGCUGCAGCUAUUUAAGUCAUGCCAGUUGAGGGACUGUUUGGUACCUGCUUUUCCUGUUUCUCUCUGUGAGCACAUUUGGUGCAGUCAAUACUGAACAUCCUUGCUUCUGUACUAAGCAAAGUUUUCUUAGACAGUGCUCACAGACCUUUGCACUUUGUCUGGAGGAAGUUUAGGCAAAGCUUUACCUAAAUUCUCUCCACACUCUUGAAUAACUUGGAGGUUCCCUCUGCAUAUUCAGGGCGAUAUCACACAUGGCUAACGAAUUGAGGCCCUGCCCGUGUGACAUUGGAGACAAGUUUGACUACGGCGGCCGUGGGCAGGAAGUACAAAUUGAGCACAUCAGGGCUUAUGUUUCCAAACCCUCUGCCAGCACAGACAAAGCUGUGAUCAUGAUUCAUGAUAUAUUUGGAUGGCAACUCCCAAACACGAGAUACAUGGCUGAUAUGCUAACAGCCAAUGGAUACAUAGCCAUCUGCCCGGAUUUUUUUGUGGGACAAGAAGCGUGGAAACCUUCGAAUGACUGGGCUUCUUUCGAUGAUUGGCUGAAAACUCGACAGGCCAGCAAAAUAGACAAAGAAGUUGAUGUUGUCCUGAAGUAUCUAAAGGAGCAAUGUGGCGUGAAGGAUAUUGGUGCCAUUGGGUUCUGCUGGGGUGGAGCAGCAGUACAACAUCUGAUGCUGAAAAAUCCUCAUUUAAAGACGGGGGUGUCCCUCUACGGGGUGAUCAGGUUCUUUGACGAGAGAUCCUCUUUGCUUCACCCCACCUUCUUCAUUUUUGCUGAAAAUGAUCAUAUUGUCCCACUAGAGCAAGUCACCGAGCUGGAGCAGAAGCUUAAACAAAACUGUAAAGUUGAUUAUAAAGUUAAAAUUUACCCUGGACAGACUCAUGGUUUUGUACACCGUAAAAGAGAAGAUAUCAAUCCUCAGGAUAAACCUUAUAUUGAGGAAGGAAGAAAGGAUAUGAUCAACUGGCUGAAUAAAUACAUGUAGAAGACAUAAAAUGUCCGUAAAGUAAAUAUAUUUUUUUAAAGGAAAUCAUAAAAAUAAUAAAGAUUAUAUUGAUUAAAAUGUUCUUAAAA